AAAGAAAAAAGAGAAAAAAAAAAUAUGUUGCCAUAUUAUAUCUUUAGACCAGUACUGACGAUAUAGUAUUGUCAAGUGUGUCAACCGCCACCGGACUAGUAUAUUAUAUUAUAAAGAAUUUCAAUCGUCAAAGGUGGGUGUGGCAAAUUAAAGGCUCUCAUCAUUCAUUCAUUCAUUCAUUAUAAAAAUACUCAUUUCCUUCUCAUACAUUUCCAUCAUCACUUUCUCUAGCACAUAACAGAUAAAAAGUUGACAUAUCAAUCCAAACGCAAAAAACAGAUAUCUCUCUGAUUUUCCACAAUCUAAGUGUUGUAGAAAUGGCCCCAGCUGUGGCAGUGAUGAGUAACUAUCAAGAGGAGGAGAUUGUUCGCCCUGUUGCGGACUUCUCUCCAAGUCUUUGGGGUGAUCGUUUCCAUUCAUUCUCCCUCGAUAAUAAGGUAGUUAAUUGUCAAUUCGUUCUCUUCUUGUCUUGUUGGAUCAUAAGGAAGUUCAUUUCUGACUUUCAACGUACAAUUUUUUUAAAAAUAUAUUUGCAGAUUGCUGGAAAAUAUGCUCAUGAGAUUGAGACUUUGAAGGAACAAACAAGGAGAAUGUUAUCAGCUGCUUGUGGAACAACAUUGGCUGAGAAAUUGAAUCUGAUAGACAUUGUUGAGCGUCUUGGCAUUGCUUAUCAUUUUGAGAAACAAAUAGACGACAUGUUGGAUCAAAUUUACAAAGCAGAUCCAAACUUUGAGGCUCAUCAAUACAAUGAUUUAAACACUUUAUCCCUUCAAUUUCGAAUCCUAAGACAACAUGGUUACAAUAUCUCCCCAAAAAUUUUCAGCAGAUUCCAAGAUGCGAACGGCAAGUUCAAGGAAUCUUUUAGCAACGACAUCAGGGGUUUAUUGAACUUAUACGAAGCUUCACAUGUAAGGACUCAUGGAGAAGAUAUUUUGGAAGAGGCACUUGUUUUCUCCACUGCUCAUCUUGAGUCUGCAGCUCCACAUUUGAAGUCACCUCUGAGUAAACAAGUGACACAUGCCCUUGAGCAAUCUCUCCAUAAGAGCAUUCCAAGAGUCGAGACGCGCUACUUCAUCUCUAUCUACGAAGAGGAGGAAUAUAAGAAUGAUGUGUUGCUUCGAUUUGCCAAAUUGGAUUACAACUUACUCCAGAUGUUGCACAAACACGAACUCAGUGAAGUAUCAAGGUGGUGGAAAGAUUUGGAUUUUGUGACAACCCUUCCAUAUGCUAGGGAUAGAGCAGUGGAAUGUUACUUUUGGACCAUGGGUGUGUAUGCUGAACCUCAAUAUUCUCAGGCUCGCGUCAUGCUUGCUAAGACUAUAGCAAUGAUUUCGAUAAUAGAUGAUACGUUUGAUGCUUAUGGCGUUGUAAAAGAACUUGAGCUCUACACCGAUGCCAUACAGAGGUGGGAUAUUAGCCAAAUUGAUCGGCUCCCUAAUUACAUGAAAAUCAGUUACAAAGCACUUUUAGAUCUCUACAAGGAUUAUGAAGCAGAGUUGUCAAAGGAUGGUAGAUCUGAUGUUGUUCACUACGCGAAAGAAAGAAUGAAAGAAAUCAUAAGAAACUACUUUGUGGAAGCAAAAUGGUUCAUUGAAGGAUACAUGCCGCCUGUUUCUGAGUACCUUAGCAAUGCAUUAGCUACUAGCACUUAUUACUUGCUUACGACUACAUCCUACUUGGGCAUGAAAUCUGCUAACAAGGAAGAUUUUGAAUGGUUGGCCAAGAAUCCUAAAAUUCUUGAAGCCAAUGUGACCUUAUGUCGAGUCAUUGAUGACAUAGCCACCUAUGAAGUGGAGAAGGGUAGAGGUCAGAUUGCAACUGGAAUUGAGUGUUACAUGAGAGAUUAUGGUGUAUCCACAGAAGAGGCCAUGGAAAAAUUUCAAGAAAUGGCUGAGACAGCAUGGAAGGAUGUAAAUGAAGGAAUCCUUCGACCAACUCCUGUCUCUACAAAGAUUCUCACUCGUAUUCUCAAUCUUGCUCGCAUUAUUGAUGUCACUUAUAAACACAAUCAAGAUGGAUACACUCAUCCGGAGAAAGUACUAAAACCUCAUAUUAUCUCCUUGUUGGUGGACUCUAUUGAAAUUUAAAUCUUCAGUUGUUGUCUACGUAAAUCUGAGAGCACUUGCUUCCCAUCCCCUCAAAUUAUAAGUAUUUGAUUGAUGCCUUGUUGGUAUCUAUGUUGCUAGCUAAGGCAGGAGUUGUUGGCGAUACAUGUUGUUAUUGUGCAGUCAAGUUACCUCCCUAAAUUUUUUUGUAUCAUUAUUUACAUUUAAAAUAUAUAUCACUUCUUUUAACUGAAUCCUGUUUGCUAAUACCCUUGACCUCGAGCUUGAACCUAUUAAUGUACAAUUAGACUGCAGAACUUACCGGCAAGAUUUUCAAAGGAAGGUUCAGGAAUGUCGCACCUAACAUGAUUCUUAGGAAAAAAAGGAUUUACAUAUGAGUAUAAAUAGUAUUUAAAACCAAUAUAUGCGAAUAAUAAAUGGAUAAAGCUUGAAAAUAAAACAAUUGUAAACAUCAAGUUGGGUAGGAAAUAGAACCUUAAACCUCCAUAAUCUCAAACAUAAAACUUCACGCAAGACGAAUUGUGACAGUAUAUGCUUGUACAAAAUCUUGCAUACGUCACAACGAACAAAUGUUCUUGUGGUCUAAUCCAGGGCUAACAGUCUAUAGUUGUCUAGCCCCAUCAAAUAAUGUUAUUGACUAUGACCAUUUCAUUAUUUAAGCAAUUACCUUCUUUUUUUCGAGUUCUAGGACAUUAUAAAGUCAUAGACAGAUAAAUAAAAGGGAAGAAAAGGAGGGAUUGUAGGGAGAGGAGAGCCAGGGAAGAGGCAGUGCAUGGAAUGGGCAAGUAAAAAUGCAAGUAAAAAUUGCACAUCUCAUGCUCUGUCUCGCCCCCGUCUAUCCAUUCCACACCAUAUUUUACCUCA